CUCUUUCUCUCUUUGCUCCAACCUUCUUCCAUUGCUUCAUUCUCUCUUUCUCUCCAAAUUCUUCAUCUGGGUCACUUUGUUUUUCUCUGAAAAUCUCAAUUUUCAUACAAAGUUUGCAUUUUUACUUGAAAAUUGAGAGUUACAAAAUCGGUUGACUCAGCUGAAAUUUCAAGCUGAUAUUGUUAGGGUGUUCUGGAUUGGCUCUGAAUUUGCUACAAUGGAGAAUAAGGAUCAAGUUCAAGGCACAAAGUCAACUGGAACAGCUAGUAAGUGCCAUUCCAAAGGUGGAUCGCAGUCUGAAAAUGAUGCGAAGUCGCAGGAUAUACCUUCUGUCGGAAACAACCUUGCUCCCAAGGUUAGGAAACCGUAUACCAUCACUAAACAAAGGGAGAAAUGGACCGACGAAGAGCAUCAAAAGUUCCUUGAGGCUUUGAAACUAUAUGGCCGUGGCUGGCGUCAAAUUGAAGAACAUAUAGGGUCCAAAACUGCAAUUCAGAUUCGAAGCCAUGCUCAAAAGUUUUUCUCUAAGGUUGUGCGGGAACCUGAUGGCAGUGCUGAAAGUCCUAUUCAGCCAAUUGACAUACCUCCUCCUCGGCCGAAGAGGAAACCCCUUCAUCCAUACCCUCGCAAAUCAGUUGACUCUUUCAAAGGACAGUUGGUCCCAAAUGAAUCAGAAACAUCUCCAUCCAUUAACCUGUCAGUUGCAGAAAACGACACCCAAUCGCCAACCUCUGUACUUGGUUCGGAAGCAUUUGGGUCGGCAGCAUUUUCUGAGCAGACUAAUAGAUGUCUUUCUCCAAAUUCUUGCACCACCGAGAUUCACCCGGUCAGCUUGUCACCUGUUGAGAAAGAAAACGAUUGCCAGACAUCCAAACCAUCUGAGGAGGAAGAGAAAGGAUCUCUAGCUUCAAUUCCAUCCACCGACUCAAAACCACUUAUGUGCAUGAAGUCUGAGAAUAUUUCUUCCGAGGAAACUCAAUCUUCCAAAGAAGACGCUGCAAAUAUGCCACAAAUCACUAGUAUUAAGCUGUUUGGUCGAACACUCUCUAUGGGUUCUCAGAAGUCAAUGAAGGAUGAUGACGAAAAUACUAAGUUAAUAACUAUCAAGUCUAAUGAAAUGGAGGAUGUUGAGAAGGUUGGCCAAAAAGAGGUAUCAGAGCCACUUGAUAUACAAUUAUCACUAGGCAUCUGUACACCUGAUGGAGCUCAAGUGAGCAGCAUGGAACGGCCGAAGGAGAGUCCAUAUGUCAGCGAGUGCGCAACUUUACCGUUAUGGAGUUUGUACCAAGGCCUUCCAGCUUUCCACCUCAUGCCAUGCAAUCAUCAAAUUCUUAAUCCUGUGCCUCUUAGACCUUGUUUGAAGGUAAUAACAAGAGAGGAGGAAAGUUCUUGCACUGGUUCUAAUACCGAAUCAGUCUGUGAUAUGGAAAAUCAAAGCAAGAACAACUCAUCAGAUACCGAUGAUUCUCAAACUCAAAAACAUCGUCAGGAAGGAGUUGUCCUUAAGAAAUCUGGAAGAGGGUUUGUUCCAUAUAAAAGAUGUUUAGCUGAAAGAGAUGAAAAUUCUUUAAUUGCUGGCUUGGAAGAAAGAGAGGGACAAAGAGCUCGUGUGUGUUCAUAGCUUUCUAUUCCAUAUUUUUUUACAAUGUUCAUUUUGUUUUUGUCAAGAAAACUUCCUGAGAAUAAGGAACUGAUUUAGAUAGCUGUGAUCUAAUUUUGUCUAAUUGUUAAGCCUCUAUGAUUUUCAAUUCUUUUUGCAAUAUUUCUAUACGAUCCUUUGUAAUAUCUUGCAAAUGAUGUCCAAUAAUUUUUUUGCCUGUAUCAUUUUACGGUUCAAUCAAAUUGGAUAUUACAUACCUGAAAA